AUGCCCUCCUUAAUGUCCAUCACCCAGUUACUGCAUCCUCCCACCCCCUUCCCCUCCAGCAACCCUGCAUUUUGAAAGAAGCUGGAAGCUGCUUGAUUUUUAAGUGUUGACAACUAAUACAGAAUUUUUAAAAACACAGUGAGGGUCAAGUAUUUGCAAACUUUGCUCUAAGGUAUUCAUCCCUAAGGAAUGGCUUCAGGUUGGUAUACCUGGUGAGCUCUUCUAUUUUAAUUAAUUUAAUACCUACUCCCAAAGCCAUGGUGUGGCAUUUAAAGAUUAGAGAGAUGGAAUAUUAACAUCUCAGGUGUCCAUUCCGAAAUGCAUAUUAAUUUGUGCAAGACAAACUGAUUUCAAUAUGUAAUAUUAAAACAAUAUUGCUGUGUGAUUGAAGUAUUUCCAAAGCCACUUUGUGAAGCAUUAUUUGGAGCAAUUAAACUCCAACAAUGCAUAAGAAUUUGAGUUUUCUUCAAAGCUCUUUGUAGAAUGACUUGAGCUAUAUUUCUGAAAUUACAUUUGAUAUGGCUUAUAAAAGUAAAUGUCACUGCCGGAACCCACUCAUUCCUAAACUUGCAUUUGGUACUGGAAAAGUCGAUAGGCACAACUUCCUAUUGGAAAUCACAUUAAGCUAUGAGUUGGGAGACCAGAUUUCCAAAGACUAGCUUUGUCAUGCAUAAACUUUGGAAUGUAGGUCAAGCCACUUAAUUUCCUUAGGCUCUUGCGUUCCAGCUACUAACUGAGGGGUUGGAUAAGAUCACUUCAAAGGUGCUUGUGAUUCCUUCGUAAACAUUCUAGGGUCCAGAUUUCUCUUUCUUGUAACCCAGAAGAAUGUAUAGAUUAUGCUUGGACCACUCCAGCUUGAAAACUUAGCUGGAAAAGAGGGGAAGAUGAUGAUUUAAUACCUAGCUAGCACUUUCUAUCAAAAAAAAAAAUUCUAAUACUUAUAAAAUCUAGCCUCAAAGAUGAUUGAGGAAAGUGUUCUCCCAUCCAAAUACUGGAAAUUAAUUUCUCAUAAAAGUAAGUAGUGACCCUGAGCCAGAAACUAUCAGCUUAUCAGAUUGUUUUGGUUUCAAGUUCUGAAUCUGACACCACUCCUGUGUGACUUUGGAAAAAUCACGUAAUUUUAUUGAUUCUGUUUCUUUAUCUCAAAAUGUAGUCAAGUAAACCUCCCUGCCAUCCUCCCAAAGUUUCCAAAUGCCUAAAAUCAGUGAAAAUAUUGAAUAUUUUUCAUAAUCAUAAUUAGGUUUUGAAGGAAAACUCAUGGCUUCUGAAUUUUACUGUUUCAUAUGGAUACAGGUUUCUUUAUGAAUAUUCAAGAAGACAUUCAGAAUUGGCACUUCCUGUGAUUUUAAGAGUGGAUACGGUAUAUCAAAAUUUAUUGGUAAAAUGCUGCAAAUUAGAAAAUCCUCUGGAAUGCUAUAGCCAUGGGCAAGAGAUGUUCCAAAGAGUGGUUCGUGAAAGCCGUGAGCGUGUAAAACAUCACUGUGAUUUACACGAGAAAUUAGGAGAUGCUAACUUCCAUGACUGGCUCAUAAUCCUUUAUACUAAGAAAAUCCCACAACUAUCUGCUCAAGAGUUGGUUACGUUCACAAAGAACAUGGCAGCUGCUGCCACCAAAUGUUGCCCACUGAGAGAUGAGCAACAAUUUGCCUGCAUGGAGGACUCGGCAAAACUAAUUCUUGGAGGUUUAUGCAGAAGACAUGAGGCAGAGCCUAUCAAUGCUGGUGUGGGCCACUGCUGUGAUGCCUCCUACGCCUUCAGGAAGCCAUGCUUUGAUGAUCUGCAAGUCAAUGGAACUUAUAUUUCUCCGCCUUUAUCCUGUGACCAAGUCAUCAACCUUAAAGAGAACUUGUGCAAAGCUCAGGAGGAGGAAUUCCAAACUGAAAAGCAAAAGCUCCUCAGCAACCUUGUGAAGCAGAAACCAUAUGCAACAGAGAUGCAGUUCCAAUCAAUGAUUGCAGAUUUCGCCCACCUGGUGGAGAAGUGCCGCCAAGCAGAGACGAGUGAAAUGUGUUUCCGAGAAGAGGUAUCUCUGUCUCCUUGUCUAUUCUCUUAGCAUGCUUAGGAUUUACUGAAGUUAAAAAAAAAAAAAAAAUAUGUUCUCCAUUCCAAUUGUGAGUGAAUGCGGAGAAAAUCACAGUCUAGAUGGAUUGGUGUAAUCGAUUAUAUUCGGCUUUAGGAUAUGUUAAUAUUUAUGUUUACUUGAGGAAACUAGCAGGGUUAGACACAGACAGAGAUGAAUACCAGAGUCAUGACACCAGGUGGAGUGGAGACGUUUAGGAUUCGGGAUGCGAGGAGGGAGGAUGGACUGAAGACUUGGGUAAUUGUAGAGAAAUGGUGUCCUUGCAAUGUCAUAAAAUUUUAAAGAAAUAGCAGUUUAAAAACCUGUCUGGGCAAACUGUAGUUUUGUUCUAGAAAUUUCUGGGACACAGUCAGGAAUAGUCACCAAAUGUAGUUUGGGGCUUAACUAAGGAACCAGUGAAAAGGGUUUCAUUUUCUCAGUGGCCAGAAGAUCAUCAGAAUAGGGGUUGAAGAAUAGAGAGGAGAGAACAAUGACAGAACAGAGUAUCUGUGCACACCCACCAAACUGACUCCCAGCAGACUGUUUUCUGGAAUUCAUCUAAUUGCAUACAGUUAACAAGUAAAUGAUUUUCAUUUUAAGUAGGAGUUAAAUUUCUAAGAAUAUCAUGGUAGGAUGUGGCACAGAAAAUUCAUGUAAAUUCAUGGAGGGGGGUGCCUGGGUGGCUCAGUCGUUAAGCGUCUGCCUGCGGCUCAGG